CUUAGCACUGAUAUCACCAGAGAGAUGCUUCAAGAACUGCGAAUGACGAUCUUGUAGAUCACGAACGACGGUGGAUUCAGCGACGAGUCAUCCAGUCGUUUGAAACGUUCCGUUUUCUUUAUUUUUUUUUUUUGUCCGGUUUAUUGCGUUUCUGCUUGAUCCCGCCGUCUUGUCGUCCCGUCGUCAGACUACUCAGCAUCGACAUGAACUCCGCCCCGUCGUAGUGGUCAUGCGUCGCGUCGCCCCCAGGUACGCUAUCCCGACGACGUUUCUGCCCAUCGUCUCCCGGCACUGUUGGGACGCCGGGCGUCUAGACUGGUCUGCGUAGCUGCCGACACGACUGGAUAUAAUGUUUAAUAUUUAUCCACAUUAUGACUACCAAGAAUGAAAAUUCAAUAAACUGUAAUAGUUCUCAAAAUGAAGCCAAAGGACGUCAGAAUAGUGAUAGAAAUACUGUAAAGAAAAUUCCAAAAAUGGAUUUAAAUAAGUCUGAUUUAUUAAAGCUUUUAAGCUAUUUAGAGGGUGAACUCCAAGCAAGAGAUAUUGUUAUAGCAACUUUAAAGUGUGAAAAAGUAAAAUGUAUGUUAAGAAACAGAGGCAGUGAUCGUGUUGUUAAAGAUCCAUUGGCAGCCUUACAGCGUGAUUGUUUUGCCACCUUUGAAACAAAUAAUGAUAGUCUUUCAUAUCAACAAUUAGGAUCACUUGAAAAUCUUGUAUUACAGCAAAGAAGAACUCAUUUGAGGAUAGCUAAUGUCUUAAAAGAUAAUCAAGUUAUGCAUCGAAAGAUAUUAGAUCUGGAGCGAUUAAAAAAACAACAGCUUCAGUAUGAAUACAAAAAGUUGCACAAUACUUUUGAAGAAGAACGAUUAAAACACAAGCAAAUUGUAUUUUUUUUACUAGCCGAGAGAAAAAAAAUUGUAAUGAAAUAUAUUGAAGAAAGAAAACGAUCUGAAGAUCUCGGACAAAUAUUAAGCGAAGAAAAAAGUAAAAUUGAUUCAAUGGCUGAAGGACUGGAAGAAGAAAGUAAAAAGUCAUUACAAAUGGAAGCAGAAUUAGAAAAACAAUUGACUUUAUUUGAUACUGAAAGCAAAAAGAUGAUGGCAGCUCUAAGCUUGGAAGAAAAAAAAACAAAAACUUUAGAAGCAGAAUUAGCAAAAUGUCAAAGUGAAAUUAUUUCAUUAGAAAAAGAACUGAGUGAAGUACUUCAAAAUAAUUUGAUGGAGCUUUCCAGUAGAUCUUCAGUUUCAGGUGUUAGAAAUAUGGCUUCUCCUAGUGAUCCAAUAAUGAGUAGUGUUGCAAAAGUGGUUCAACCUACAGCAACUGCAUCUAGUGUUCGAGUUUCUGGUCCAAUGACUGGAAUUGCUCGAUCAGUAAAUCCUGGUCAAAGUUUGCGUUGUUUGAAACCAAUUAGUGGUAAAACUAAUGAUACACAGGUAGAUAAACCACAAGACGAUGAAGAUUGUUCUACACCUUUAGACACCAUUAAAAAACACCCUAUUUCAUUUGGUCGUAGUAUGCAAUCUGAGUCAGGUUCAAGUAGCACUGUCAAAAAAUCAUUGUUUGGUAUUCAACGUAACAUGUCUGUUCCCAAUGCAACUGAAAGCAAUAUUCCUGGACUAAUUAAGAAACAAAUAACAACUGUGGGACGCGGAACACCACCUCCUGUACCGCCUAAUAAGCCUAUUAUACCACCAAAAAAGGAUCUAAUAUCAUUCAUAAAAAAGACAUCAGUUGCUGACAAUACUGCUUCUACUACUGAUAAAGAUCAAAAAGAUUCUCAACUUAGGCACAAUAGCUUUUUGUCUAAUGAAAUUUCUCCUGUGGAUAAGACAGAUGAAAUGGUAAAAAAUUAGACUUCAGGAAUUCAUGACGAUAUCAGCCCAGCGAAAUUAACCUCAUAUAAAAAAUCAUAAUUUUAUAUAUGUGAUCGCUUGACAAGACUUUAAUUGUAUUCUCAAAAUAGAUAAGUAGUUAAUUUUAGUAAAUAAUAGUAAGUUAAAACUUAAAUCAUAUUUUACUGUUACAUACUUCAUAUUGAAUGUAACAAAUAAUCAUUGAAAUUUAUUUUAUUUCUUAAUUUGUUUAUAAUGAUAGUUUUAUUUUAAUUGUACUUAAUUAAUUUAAUAUUACAAAAUAAUUUCUUGGCAUACUAAAUAUCAAAAAGUUCCUAGACUGUGCAUCUAAUAUAACUUGAUAUUCAAGACAAGCUUUAAAAUUAAAUGAUAUUCUAAAAAUUAUGGUUGAUAAUAUAAUGUAAGAAUAACAACUUGCGUUUUAUAGUUGUUAUCGAAGUAUAUAGUACACCGCUCAUAUUCUGUUAACUUGAUUUUAUGUUAGUCUUACAUUUUAAGGUAUGUUUUUUUAAAUUAAAUGCUAUACACUUUAUGUUUAACAUUUUAACAUCAUAAUAAAUCUUAAGCUUAUUAAAUAACAUAACUUUUAUUGUAUUAAAGGUUAUAACUCAAACACCUUGGACAAGUUACCAUAAAAAUGAAUUAUAAAGUUACAUCUCCAAAUUAUUAUCUUCCAAAUAAUAUUACUACAUGGUUGUAUUAUUAUACAUACUGUUAUUUUAAAUAGUUCAUCAAUUUAAAUGCAUUAAAUAGUGAUAAACAAUUCUAUAGUCUUGUUUAGAAUUCAUAUUUUAUUUUUUGCUAUGUAAAUUGUUAGUGCAAAAUUUAACUAUAAUCUGUCCAGCGAUAGAACAAUCGGUUAUUCUGCACAUCCCCACAAAACAUCUUGUCAUAGUAGAAACGGUCUCGACAGCAGUGUUGGGGGGGGGGGAUGUGCAGAACCGAUGUGUUUUCUUACUGGACAGAGUAAACUUAUAAACGGCUUAAUAUAGCCAUUUAUCACAUUUGAGUUUAUUAUUAUUUAUAUAAUUUGUAAAAACUUUUCUUUGAACAGAAAUAGUUUUAGUUUUAUUAAAUACAUACCAAAUUAUCUAAUGAUAAUAUAUAUUUAUAAGAAAAAUAUUUAACUCUGACAUACAAAUAUUAAUUUAAUCAUAGGUAGUUUUAUAACCACUUUAUAGGUAAAAAACAACACUGAUUGUUGACAAAAUAUUAGGAAACUAUCUAGUAAAUAUUUCGUUUUAUUAUUAGUUAUAACAUAAAUAAAACAAAUAAGAAUAUGUGGAUUUUAAAUAUAAUUUCAGACAAAUAUAGAUUUGGUACGAUUUUUCCUUUAAAAUAAAAUCAGACUUUUUCUUAAUUUAAUUUUUCCAAAUUAAAAUGUAAUAUAUAUGAACUAGUAUUCAUUUUGGUAAAAAUUGAG